AUGUCCGGACUUAUGCACAAGGUUAAGGAUGCCGUGACUGGCCACCACAAGGAGUCCAGCAACACCUCUUCCUCCAACACCUCUUCCUCCAACGCUGGUCCCCACUCCUCCAACAUGGCCAACAAGAUGGACCCCCGCGUCGACAGCGACCGCGACAACCGCGCCCGCCACGAAGCCAUGGGCGGUGCUCACGGCCCCCACGACUCCAGCAUGGCCAACAAGAUGGACCCCCGCGUCGACAGUGACCGUGACAACCGUGCCAACCCCACCGGCGGUAUGGGCGGCUCCGGUGCCGGCUACUCCUCCGGUGGCUACUCUUCGGGUCCUCACGAGACCGGCAUGGCCAACAAGAUGGACCCCCGUGUCGACAGUGACCGCGACAACCGUGCCCGUCACCAGGCCAUGGGUGGUGCCCACGGUCCUCACGACUCCAGCAUGGCGAACAAGAUGGACCCCCGCGUUAACAGUGACAGAGGAUACGGCGGUGCAGGUGCAGGCUACGGCGGCAGCGGCGUGAACGACUACACCACCAGCAGCGGCUACGGUGGUAGCAACAACGCGGGCCCUCACGGCUCCAACAUGGCCAACAAGAUGGAUCCCCGCGUUGACUCGGACAUGGACAACCGCGCCCGUCACCAGGGAAUGGCCAGCAGCAGCUACAACACUACCGGCCAGAGCACCACCGCUGGCCCUCACAGCUCCAACAUGGCUAACAAGCUCGACCCCCGCGUCGACUCCGACCUCGAUAACCGCGGGACCCUUGGCACCCAGCGUGGGUUUUGA